AUGGUGAACAACCCGGAGUUACUGAACAAGGCUAUGGAGGAGAUCGACCGGGUGGUGGGUCGGGAGCGGCUGCUGCAAGAGUCGGACAUCCCACAACUUACCUACGCUAAGGCGUGCAUACGUGAGGCAUUUCGGCUGCAUCCAGUCGCUUUCUUUAACUUGCCGCAUGUAGCGACCACUGACACCACUGUCAUCGGCUACCGUGUGCCCAAGGGAAGCCAUGUCAUCCUCAGUCGGACUGGCCUGGGCCGAAACCCGACCAUUUGGGACGAGCCGCUCUGGUUCAAGCCAGAGCGGCACAUGGGAGACGACAUAUAUGUGACGCUCACAGAGAGCAAAUUGCGGUUCAUCUCCUUCAGCACCGGCCGUCGUGGCUGUAUGGCGGCAUCGCUAGGGACGGCCAUGAGUGUUAUGCUCUUUGGGAGGCUCCUAUAG